UGACAGAAGUCAUAUCUUGAGUUAUUUUUGUCGUGUCGUUUACUGUUUUGUUUUGAUCUUGUAGUUUUCUUUUAAUUUAUUUGUACAAAUUGCAGUGAUCAAUAAUUAAAACGAUACACAAUGUUUGUCCGUGCGUCAGGAUGGUUUGGCUUAAUCUCUGUCAUAACUAUAGCCUUAUUCGGUUUCAGAUUUUAUCUAACUUUAUUAACAUUUUUUGUUUCUUUUAUAGUGGGGGUCUUGACUAUCUUAUAUUUGAACUACGAUAGCAAGAAAAUAUUCCCAUUAGAUAUUGAUUAUUUGGAUGAUCCCCUGCAACAAUCAAAUUUCUCUGUUCAAUCAGCUAAAAUUUUAGAAUUAUUUAAAUCUAAAAAAUCACUGCCUAAAUUUGACAGUAGAAUAACUGGUAGUGAGACAGUGGAUUCAUUCCUGAAUGAAAUUGUUUCAAUAAUUAUCAAUGACUAUGUCACAACUUGGUACGAACUUAUAACUGAUGAUCAAGAGCUUACUACAUAUGCGAUAAAGAAAUUAGUUGUUGCAGCAGGCGCAAAUGUAUCAAACAGGGUAAAAACUGUAGACUGGAUACAUCUGUUAGCAACUAGGUUCCCGGAAGAAUUAACGUUGCACUUAAAGUUAUUUAAACAGUCUAGGGUAAGGUUAAAACGGAUGCAGUUGCUGAGUGCCAAAGAAAUGAAUGGCAAUUCAAAGCCAGUUCCUAAGAGGCCAGAGGAAAAACGGACUCAUAGGAGAAAUAAGAGCGAAACCGAUUUACUUUGGCCUCCAGAUUCCCAAUCUUUUGGUAAAUCAAAGUUUUACAGCAGUUCAGAAAAUAUAAGCAGUAACAAUAUAAAGGACCUGUUCUUUGAUUUGGAGUGUUCAAUAGAGAAUAAAGAGUUAUGUAGGGAUAUAUUUUGCACUGAUCCAGAGAAGGAAGCCGCCCUCCUGUCCGAGGUGUCGGAAGCUCUGCUAUAUCUGUUUGUACCAGAAGAAGCGUGGAACUGUCAUGCAAUGAAGUUAAUACUUAUCGAUCUGCUGUCGUCGAUAGUUCUCAGGCCAUUGAUAAAAAUGUUGAGCGACCCUGACAAUAUAAAUAGAGCUAUAAUAAGAUCGUGUUGUCGUGACUCGUGUCUAUCAUCUGAUUUGUUCCUAAUGGUCAUAAGAACCUGUGGCGAUGCCGAGGAAUUAGACGCGACGCUGGAGCUCGUGCAGAAGGAUAUACAGAAAUUACAUUCAAAAGACAGUGCUGGUGAAUGGGAACUACAAGAUCGACAAAAACUGUCUUCUUUGCAAUAUUUAUCAAGGAUCAUACUGGCCAGUCGAGCGACGCUGGGACCACAAGAAGGUUUAUCCACAACAGAUAAUACGGAGAGAGAAUCGGAAGAAGUGAUGAAAACUUUAAAGUUUCUUAGAGCGGUGGCCGCUUGGAAAUCUAACGCACAAUAUCUAUUAGAAAUUGAAUUAAAUGAAGCAGAUUCACACACAACUAAAGCUGUGAUGGACAAUCUGCGUUCAUCAGCUCUGGAGGUGUGUGACUUGUACCUGAGGGGUGUGGGGGUGCUGGGGGUGCCCGACAACGCCCACGCUGACCUAGUCAGGAGGAUCACCACCGACGGCGGGGAGUUCACCAGCAAUCCCAUACAGUGCUUUGAUGAUGUACAGAAAUGUGUUUGUGACGCGCUUGAGGAGGAUCCCUCGUGGCAAGCUGAUUUUAUGUUCGAUGGCGACCAGGAUGGUAUGGAUAAUAGUGAAAACAAAAAAGAUUUGAAAUCGGAGUCCCAUAAAUAUACUGAAAAAUGUAAGAAGAUUGUAAGGAGCUGUUUAAACCAGUUGCCGAAAAUAUUUUAUAAAAAUAAAUAUAGAAACAGUUUUCCUAACAAAUCAUCAACAUUCCCUCGGUCGUUUGCAAGGAGAGUCCCGUGUAACAAGAACCAUACUAUACCUAAAUGUGCUUGCGACGUUGUGCUACCCGUUCCUGGCGCGAGGCAUAACAGAAGUCGUUCAGAUAUCGUUGGCAGUUUCGCUCAGAAAAUGAUGAAUGAGAAUGCAGGUCCAUCUAAUUUAAAAUCUGCGACCACAAGCACCUUGUCGUUGUCACAUUCAUCUAUAAGUCAAAGCGCUAAAAAUAUGAUGUCGCCGUUAACUGCGUAUAUUAUAGAAACAGCAUUGGUACAAGACAAGGGUAAAACUUUCGGUAUAUACGCUAUAGCUGUGACGAGAGAAUCUGAUAACGAGGUCUGGCACAUAUAUAGACGAUAUAGUGAUUUCUAUGAUCUACACGCAUCAAUCAAAGAGAAGUGGCCAGAGCUAGGUCACCUUCCGUUUCCGGCUAAGAAGACAUUUCAGAAUACAUCUAGAUCAGUUCUGGAGAGUCGUAAACGGAUGCUCAACAGUUACUUACAAAGUUUAACGAGUAUUUCGAGGGAUUCCAGGUACAUGGCGCUACUGUCGCCUGACUAUCUUGGAGGAUUUCUCAGUCCGGAAAAUCAAACCGAAAGGCAUGGGAAUACGAUUGACGCACUUCUAGUCAAUUCAUUGAAAGCUGGUAUGAGGACUUUAAAAAGUAUGCCCGAUCAGUUUGCAAAUACAGUCGACGGAGUCAUGGACGGUAUAUCAAAAGUAUUCCAAGGUAAAAGUGGUGAAAAUCUAAAGAAUUUCAAAACUUGGAAUUCAUCGGACGUUCAGGACGAUAACGACGAGAGUGUACCAUUGAGGCUGUUAGAGGAGGUUCUCGGCAUCAGGGGUUUGUGGCUGAGAAGAAGAUUGCUGGCUCCGCUACGGACGAUGAUCGCUGAUAGAGUUAACAAAAAAGUUAUAGAGUUCGUCUCAUCUUUAACGUCACCUCGGAACGUGGUUCAAUAUUUGAAAACUUUUAAACAGUGGCUUACGAGUAGGAACAAUCCGAGCGCCGUCUCCAGGGAUCAGGCCACAAAGGCAAGGACGAGGGUAGCUGCUAAAGUUGCCUUACUAUCAGCUGCUUCAGAUGAUCUCCGUCACAUAGUUGGUACGGACGCUGCCAGGAGAGGACUCCUCACAGUGUUCGAUCUGUUUCAGACUCAAGAGAUCAACAAACGACUCUUGUUCGUUCUACUUGAAGUAACACUGACAAACCUGUUUCCGGACAACAACAUCCGGGAUAUGUUCAAGACGCUGUACUCAAACUCUCCUCGAGUUCCGUCUACCAAGAAAUCAGUUAAUGUAUAACUUACACGAAAUUCUUUAGAGUACCACUCCCCCUACCAAGGAAUCUUUUAACUGUUGGUCCCUUUUUCAAAAUAAUUUUUGAGUGGAGGUCGUACUACCAAGAUAUCUUUUAAAGCAUGAUUCCCGCUACCAAGAUAUCUUUUAAAGUACGAGUGCCCCUACCAAAAUAUCCUUUAAACUAGGGGGCCCGACUAAGAAAAUUAUUAAUGUCACCUUUUUUGGUGUAUGUAUUACAUAGUAUUUAGUCAGAUACACACAAUGAAGCGGAAACUAGUUUGUCUUCAAUCUAGAAAAGUUACUGAGCAGAUACUGAACAGAAACAUUCAUGAUUCUUACUCCAGAAUACUGAAUCGAAGUAAAAGUAUUAAAUCGCUAACUUUUUUUGUACCAAAAUAUCUCAUACAGAUGUAAAUUUAUAACAAACUGUUAUACAAAGCUAUAUUCUGCAUAGAAUACUGAACAUCGUGCCUGUAGAUAAUGUUUGUAUGUGAAAUAAAAAAAAUCUUUGAUGCCAUUUUGAUAUUAUUCGUAUUUGUAAUAAAGCACAUUUUGGCUUGUUAGAAUGUUCUUUGGCUAGUUCCAAUCUUUAGUCUCCAUUGUGAUAUUUUGUACCUUAAUACUUUAAAGUAUAUAUUUUACACAUUUCACAAAGUUAUUUUUGAUAUUUAUCGAAUUUUUUCUGAAUUAAUCCUCCGUUUUUGGUGAAGUUGAAAAUGUUAAACUAUUCGAAACAAUUAUUAAGACGGAAACAAAUUUUUUAAAUAUCUGUACAUUCAAAAAUUAUCUAAAAUUAGAUUUAUAUGUAUUCUAGUGUGUCAAAAUGUCCAUCUGCCAUUUAUGUAUACAGUAUAUAGAGUAAGUUAUUUAUAUUUAGACGAGAGUUAAUAUGUCAUUAUUCUCAUUCCAUAUUCAAAAACAAUAAUAUUAUUUAGUAUAUAACAUUUUCAUUAUAAUGUAUACUGAUUUUUGUUUUGCAAAUCUAUUAUUGGUCUUUGACAGUGUGAAAUAUUCAAAGUCAAUUAGAUUAAAUAUGAUCAUUAAAUAGUAUUAAAUAAAUUAUUAUAAUUUAAUUAUUAUUUUUUAAAUUAUAAUAACAAAAUGUGGGUAGUCUGUUACUUGUUCUUGUUGUUUCUGGUUAAUUUGACUUUUGAAUAUUUAUAGUUGAUUUGACAUUCCAAAUGAGAUUGACAAUUACUUAUUGUUACUAGAGUUACUUAUUUAUUUGGCAAUAAAUGCAAUGUAUGUUAAA